AUGACGGAAAUGCUUCGGUGUAUGCUCCCGCACCUUGACAAGCACCUGGCGCUGGGCUUGCUGUACUUCUACGACGAACAGGGAUAUGACGUGGCUGACGCCCUUCGCGCGGUGCAGGCAAAGACGGCGCUCACCGCGGAGGGUGAAGUGUCGGUGGAGCAGGAGCGCAAAAUCAAGGAGACUGCCCGGCGCGCCCGACUGGCGCUUGACGAGUUCUUUGAGAAGAAUGAUGCGGAGAACGGCACCUAUCAGUUUAAGUUGACCGCAAGUGAAAUUGACGCACUGCGUAGCAACCGCGAGCUCUCCCGCGACGUGCUGGAGUCCAAGGGCAUCACCCGCAACGUCAUGAAUGCUGUGAUGGAGUUAGCGUACCUGCACUACGACGCCGCGCGUUACACCGACGCCUCCGAGCUGCUCUCCCUGUGCCAGUGUGUGGUGGGCUACGAACUGGAUCAGAACACCCUGCUCUGGGGCAAGUUGGUGAGUGACAUGUGCACGUGCAACUGGCCCUCGGCCAUUGCGGUGGCGGAGAAGCUGAGGAGGCAGCAAAACGCAGACGUGUUUGAGGAGGACAUUUUUCGCGUCGCCACUACAACGACCACGCGGGAGCGGGCCUGGCUGCUGCACUGGGUGCUGUUUCCCUUCUUUAAGGGCGGCAAUCAAUACUCCACGCACCUGCUGAACUUUGUCUUUGACUUCAAGACAAACUUCGUGUACCAGAGCGUGGUGGAAACGGUGUGCCCGCACUACCUGCGCUACAUCUGCGCCGCCGCCAUUCUUAACAAGCAACGACGUUCAGCCCUGCGAAAUGCGGCGGCGAUGGUGGCAAACGUGUACGAGUAUUCUGACCCCAUCACGCAGCUUGUCCACGCGAUUAUCAACCGGCAGUCAUUUGAGGACGCCCUGGCGCUGCUGCCGGAGGUGCGGUCGACGGCGCUUGGUGACUACUUCCUCAGCUUGCACGCGCAAGAAAUUGUGGAGAACGCGCGGCGGCUCAUCUUUGCUCGUUACAUGAUGACCCACUGUGUUGUGUCCAUCCCGUACGUGGCGGAUAAGCUAGGCAUGAGCACCGCCGAGGCGGAGGUGUGGCUUGCCAGCCUCAUCAGCGAGACGAAGCAGCGCGCAAAGAUAGACUCUGUCGCGGAGCAGAUGGUUGUGGGCUCGCAGGUUCGCUCCGUACACCAGACGGUGCUGGACAAGCUGGAAGUUGUGGACCGCCGUUAG